GUUCUCAUACACGGAAGAGCGCAAAACUCGAGUGAAAACAUGCCGUAACGCAGAGCGAGUUAUUCAAUCUUCGGCGUAAUGCUCAUGUUGGUUUUGAUUUGUAAACGCUGGCGUCUUCACCGCGUUUAUUCGAGUUCAUUUAAUCAGAUGUUAAAAUGAAAGUUGUGUGGAAUUUAAUGUGUGCUGUCACACUCGCAUCGGUUUGGUGUGAGGAACAUGCGACUGAUAGAUCUCACCAUGAAGACUUUGUGCAGUUUGGACAUGUUCCUGACAGGGUGAUGGACAGAUGUAUUGUACAAGUGCAGUAUAAGUGCUCUGCCGCCUGUAAAAUCGGGGUCGAAAUUGUUCUUUCCACCCCAACAAGGACCGAAGUGAUUGUCUACAGAAGGACGUGGACUAACCAUAAGCGGUUUGGACAACCCAGAUCCAGAAAGGUUCUUCUGGUGUUCCCUCCUGCUGUUUUGUACCAGAGAGACUUUUUCAUGAGGCGAACACUGGAGGCACAUGAUGUGAUGCUGAGGUCCUGGUUGGUUCAUCUGGGUAAAAAGGACAUUGGUGAGGGAUAUAACCAGUCUCUAUUGAUGACUUUGAUGUUUUUGAGGACACUACCAGCCUCUGAACGUCCAGCACGUCCACAGACGCAAUCCGUCUCAUGGGUGGCCUGGCUGAUGUGGCAGAUCAGUAAAGAUGCUGUCAAAAAAUGUCCACAUGAAUCAGAUUCUGUUGAUCUUCUUACUUUUCCAUUUGCAAGUACUGGUGAGAAUUAUGGCAUCAUACAUACAUUCUCACCCUUCAAGAACAGAGAUCUGGAGAUGAGACGCAUACUCACUCUCAAACAACCCAGUGUGACUCUGUCAGUGUGGUUGUACCUGCUGAGCUGGUGUGGUCAGUCACUGUGUGGGAUUGUCAAGCAUGUUAAUAAGCAAAGAAAAUAUGGAACCCCACUUGUCAUGCUGUCUAACAAAGGUAACAUAGUGAUGCAGGUGCGAAUGGUGACCGGAAAGGAACAAGCCUUUACAGCACACACAACUCUACCUCUCCGCACCUGGAUCUGUCUGGACAUCUCCUUUCAGGAGUCAAAGACAAAACUCACAAUUACAAACGUUACACCUACAGGAAAAACCCAGAUGGCCACUCAUAUAUACGAUUUCCAUGAGCCAGUUCAAUAUGAUGACACAUCCGGAUAUUUUGUGUUUGGUGGAUGCAUCUACAUGCCAGGGAUUCGUGGCUAUGUGGGACCCAUAAGAUAUUAUCGUUUAGGCACAGAAACGGUGAAAAACCCCCUGACCCCAGUAAAGACAUUACAGAAGCUGGACAGACUCCACAGAUACUGUGAUGAAAUGAGUCAUGUGACUGAACUUUAUCUGCAGGCAUUGAGAGAGAACAGCAACAACUCUACAGGGGUUUGUGAGUCUUAUUAUGUGGCUAUGACAAAGUGGUUUGGUCGUAGAGAAUGCCCACAGACUUGGUCUUGGGACCAGCAGACAAGAUUCAACAGCACCCUGAGGCUUCUGACGGACAACCAGCGAAUCUUAACAGGUCCACCGAACAGCAAUAAGCAUUUGAAGGCUCUGAGCUGGGUGAUUUUCCAGGAUAUGUUGAAGACAAUAUCUAAAGCAGAAGACCAAGAGCUCAUGUCUGGUGUUAUAGAGUUACUCGAGAUGUCCUCCUGCUGGGGUAACCACCACUCCUCUCUUCUGCUUGCCACCAUACAUCUGGCUGGCCUGGGCAUCCCUGUGGACCUGGCACAGGGCCAUGUUUAUAGUCUGAUAGGUGGGGUCUCUGAUGACCGCCUCUCUCUCAUGCAUUUGGGAUACAAGCACAUGCAGGGUCUUGAUGGAUUCCCUAAAGACCAAAAUACAGCCAACGGCUACUAUGCCAACAUAGGCAGACAGACCAGCCUCGACCUUGAUCAAUUACAUGACUCCGGGCAAACAAUCACAGAACAUGUUCACUUAAACAACGCUGAGGAGCUCCAGACUCAAACAGGUGAAUCGGGUGAUGUUGUGCAGUUUUUGAAAUACCAGGCUGAGAGAGGAGAUGUAGAAUCACAGAAAUCACUGGCCAAGAUUCUUCUGUGGGGCAGUAACGGGGUGGAAAAAGACAUCCGAGCAGCGGUGAUGUGGUACGCCAGGAGCGCCCUGCAGAUGGCCGAUCCCACAGCCAUGUACGACUACGCCAUUCUCCUUCUGAAGGGAACAGGGCUACAGAAGAACCAAACGCUUGGCCUUGAGCUCUUGGAGAAAGCUGCAGACAUGGGUUCUGCAGAAGCUCUGAAUGGACUCGGGUGGUACUACAGUACAAUCAAAAAGGACAAAAGACGUGCGAUGCGAUAUUUUGAGCUGGCGGCUCAGAAUGGCAGUCGUGAUGGGCUCUUCAAUGUGGGCAUCUACCAUCUGAACGGUGAAAACCCUGAUAACCCACACAAGAAUGAGACAGCAGCGAUGCAGUGUUUUCUGCGUGCGGCUCAGUUGGGUCACGUGGAAGGAGCUGUGGAGUCUGCAGCGUUUCUCUCCACUGGAACCAUACGAGGAGUGAACAGAGAUGAAGAGAAAGCCGUUCUGCUACUGAAGCGAGUCAGUGAGUUAAAUGGACACUUGGGCAUCAUGGUUAAAGAAGCUCUCCAAACGUAUCAAAGAGGAUCAUGGGAUGAAGCGUUGGUGAAAUAUGCCAUGUUAGCUGAAACAGGUCUCGGUGUGGCACAGCACAAUGCCGCUCAUCUGUGUGAAGUGUUAAAUCACAGUUCGGCCUGUCAGUGGAGAUAUUACAAUUACUCAACACACAAUUACAUGCCUCAGGAAUCUGGUUUGUUGAGGAUGGGCGAUUAUUACAUUGAUAUGGCUGAUAUGACGAAGGCCAUGAACAUGUAUGGGGUAGCAGCGGUGCACGGCAGUCCUCAGGGUCUGUUUAAUCUGGUCAUGUUGAUUGAAGAGGGCCAUGAUGUUCCGAAGAACAUUCUGGAUCAAAUGGAAAUCUCCUUAGAAGACAGAAGCAGCCACGCUUUGUUUAGGAAGCUCUUGUCCAGAUGCCGGGAAUUAGAAGAGUGGGACGAUGCCGUGACUCCAUGUUCUUUAGUCCUGUGGAGGGUGGAAGUGAUGCGAGCGUGGGGAGACUUCACUCACAGCUCCAUUCAGCUGCCGCUGGCCUGUGGGACCAUCGCCAUUCUCACAGUUUUUGUGUUUACCACACUGUUGCAAUGUCUUCUGGCAUGUUACUCUGCCGUGUCUCAUUCAACCAAUCAGUCAUCAGAGAUCCAGCGUGAUCCCUCACGGGAGACACACAGCAGUCAGCUGGAUUCCAGCGCACAUCAGCAACACACACAACAGCGGUACGGUGAAAGGAGUCGGGCAGCGCACAUCAGCCGCUCACUGCAGGAAACAGCAGAUUUAAUCGUCAUGGCGACGGGAGUCUGUAUUUGUGUGAUCUUCACUAUGCUCAUUUCCCAUCUGCUGUGAAAGGAGGACAAAUGUUUUGUGUAAGACGGGACAUUUCUUACACACUUCACAAGAAGGAGAAAAAAAAUGAACAAAUGUAUUUAAAGAGUCAUGGUCUUUCCUAAUGAGCACAGAACCAAAUUUCAAUGUUGGGUUAAAUCAUGGUGACAACCCAUGGCUGUCAAUCUGUUUCUACAUUACAUGCUGAUUAAUUAACCCAUAAUAAUAACCAACAACAAUGUUCAACAUUUGAUAAAAAAUGACCCCAGAUUGACAUUACAUUAUUAUUAAAGAUGAUUGAAUAGACUUGAACACUUGUGUGGUGUUUAUGUUUUUGUUAUUUUGCCGAUGUUCACAGGUCUAGUGGACCCAAAGCAUUACCCAACAUUAUUUAAAUAAGUUGUUCUCAAACUAGGGGCCGUGAUCCCCGUGGGGCCCCAACAUUGAUCCAGGGGGGCCACAGUUUUGUGGCAUUUUAUGGAAUAUAGAAAUUGUAUAAUCGUAUAUGUUUUUUUAAUUCAAAUUUUAAGUUCAUAAGUCUUUAUUUGGGUGGGCCAGAUAGUGAUGCACCCUACACAAAGGGGGCGUAACACUGUGUCUACCGGACGUGGCGCGAUGCGACGCGCGGCUUGUUAUAAUGGGACUGUCGAGCCGCACCGCGCCACGUCCGAAGUGGACUAAAUUUUAAAUUAUAAUGGGUUCUAAAGCAUUCUAUUGUCUCUUGUCGCGUCGCAUCACGCCACGCCGCGCCGCAUCUGGUGUAGAUACGGUGUAACAAAUAAAAUUGAGAACAACUGAUUUAAAUCAAUACACUCAAAGCAAAAUAGUUUACAGAUGUUUAUAUUAGACAUUUUAUGUAGACAAAACGGGUCCCACAGACCUAAACACCACACAAGGGUUAAACAGUCUAUGGGCCAUUCUACAGAAUUGGUGCAAAAUCAGAGUUGGAAACAUCUUGGAAAAAAAAUUGAUGCAAAUUGUAUAAUACCAAAGGUACACAUUUCUAUUAAUUGUGCAGUUAAUUUUCAUAUUGUAAUUUUAGAAAGUUUUGAAAUAUUUUUUCCAAAUUUGGUCACAUCAGAAACACAAUAAUAUAUAAUUUAAUAAGAAGGAUUAUAUAUUUUUUUUCUAUUUUAAAAAAUGUUUUCACAUGUACAUCAAUAACAGUUACAAUUUUAACAAUGUUUAAAGUGUAAUAUAUGAGAUUUGUUGCAUUUUGAAUCCAAUCAUUCUUUGUAAAAGGCAUAUAAUUGAUCAUACUGAUUUCAAAGAUAAGGAUUCAUUAGUUUAUAUAGAUUGAACCAAACACUAUCAUAACAUCUUAGUUGAUAGUUUAAUAUACUUUAUUUUUGACAAAAAAUCCCAUGUUUCAGUCGUGACACACACAUUUUCAGUAGCGAUGGUAAUGUUUUGGUAUAUCACAAUAUUUAAUUUUAUGUUAAUACAAAAAACUAAUGUUGCACAUACGCAUCCAGCACAUAUAGCAGACACACAUCUGACAGUAAAUAUCUAAUAGAAAACCUACAGCUCACAUAGGCUACUAUGUCACUACUAAAAUAUUAAUGAUUUGCAUAACUACGGAGUUUUGUUUAUUUCCCCAAAUAAAGGAUUAAGUGUUCCAUAUUGUCACUACUGAAACAAUGAUACCAAGUGAUACGUUUCGGUCAUGACUGUUUUGGUAGUGAAACUAAAUGUUAUGGAAUAACACCCAAAAAAGUUUGCUUAAUUGCAGAAAAAAUAUGUUUGGUAGUGACGUUACUUAAAGUUCAUUUACUUCAAAAUGAUAAGACCGAUCUACUCAACAUGUAGCUAUUAGAGAGAGGGACACAGUAAUAAUUCUUGAUAAAAGAUGUAGGGGUGUGGCUAAAAUCAGUCUCAGCCAAUGGACUAAAACAUACACUGUUUUGGUAGUGACAUGAAAAUCUGGGACACUUUUUUUACAUAAAGUUUAAUCAUAUAAAAUAAUAUAUAAAAUAAAAAAAUGUUGAACAUCACUUUUUUAAAAACAUCAUAUAUAUAUAUAUAUAUAUAUAUUAAUAACAAUGGAAAAAAGCAAACACGUUUUAAAUAUAAUUUUCAUAAGUUGAAAUGUAGGGGUUUGGGACACCCAUCUCCCAAUUGAAAGUACCAAAUAAAUUAUAAAUGUAUAUAUAUUAAGCUUACUGAUAAUAUAUAUAUUAGUUUCAAUAGAUGAUAGAAGGAUCUUUAAUACUUGAAUGCUUUUUUAAAUGUGUUUUUAUUUAUGGGGGACAGCACAAAUUCUGUAGAAUGGCCCAUAUACUGUAGUUCCUUCAGACUAUAUAUUGAUUUCAUCUCUCUCAUGUCUCACAAUCUCCUGCACUUCAUUCAGUUGUAUUUUAGCACAAAAACAAAGGUUUCUGCCUGCUCUUAGUAAAUGUGGCUUGAUUAGAGAUGUCUGAUGAUGCCGCAAUGAUUUUAAGUAAGUAACAUCAUUUCUGUGAUGUGAGGCUGUAAAUGAAUAAGCAAAAGGGAUGGGUUCUUCUGUUGUCUGCUUCACUAGGAAAUGUUUCAUUGCCGUGUCUGCUUGUCAAGCCAGUACACUUUGGAGGACUUUCUUGAGUUACAUCUUGAAUUUUAUAUUAAAUCAAUCAACAUUUAUUAAUAAAGCCCUUUACAACACUCAAAGUGCUUUCCAAUAAGAGCAAAACAAAACAAUAUAGACAAAAGUACAAAAAUACAACAAAAUAAAUAAGACUAGAAAACAAUAAAAUAGAUACAGAAAUAUCACAACAUUACUAGGUAUAAAAGCCAAUCUGAAUAUAUAAGUUUUAAGCCUAGUUUUAAAAAGGCCCUGUAAUGGUGCGGAUAUCGGGGGGGAAGCCUGUUCCAGCCACAGAAAAGGCACGAUUACCCCAAUGUUUAUAACUUCACUUGUCCUCAGGACUUCCAGCAAAAGUUGAUUUGUUGACCUCAAGGCCCUAUUUGGCGGACGAAGAGCCAGCAUCUCAGUCAAAUAAAGUAAAGCGAGGCCAUUAAGAGCUUUAAAAACAAAUAAUACCAUUUUAAAAUCAACUCUGAACGAAACUGGAAGCCAAUGGAGUGAAUAGAGAAUUGGGGUAGUUUUAGUGAUAUUAUCACAAGAGGGAGUGUUAUAGACCACUUUGCAAGAUGUACACACUGGUCCAGAAGUCUUUAGAAGUCUACAGAAGUUUUUUUUUUGUUGUAUUUUAUCUUGAAUAUAUAAUUAAAUCUUAAAGAUUAAAAAAAACAUUUUGUUAUUAAAUGUAGUGUUAAAGAACUGAAACAGGAAGUUCGUCUGGACCAGCGUUGUUUACGUCAUAUGAAGAGGUCUGCUGUAUAAUAUAGUAAGGCUCAAUGGAUGUCAACCUGUGACUUCAAAACCAUGUCCACAACAAUAAUUAAUAGCUUCCCCACUCACAAUUCCUAUCAAUUUUAUGAAAAUAAUUAAAACACUGAGAAAUGAUUUGAAGUUUUUUUUUGCUUAUUCCAUUUAUUUAUUUAUUUUUAAUGGUUGUGUUGUUUUAAAUUAUUUUAAGUAACCUUGAGGUUCUUGUGGAAGUUUGCUGACGCCCCUGGUGGAGAAACGCUUUAGUUUAAAUCGGAUCUGUGCUGUAUCAUUCAUGAACCACAAGAGGGCACCACAGUUCUGCGACACAUGCCCUCAGGCAGACAAUGAUAAACAUGAGACAGAUGUGCUAAGAAACACAUUUGUGAUUUGGAACUUAAUGCAACUAAACUUCUGCAGGCAUUAUAGAAUCACACAAGGAACUUCACAUUUGUUAGUAAUCUGAGUCUAAUAAUUCAUUUUGUGCUAUAAUUACCUUUGCCUUAAAUUUGAUCUUAAAUGUCAUGACCCCAUUAAAAUGAAAAACAAGCUACAUUUAAAACAAAUUAAUCUUAAAGUAUUUGCAUGUUUUUGUUCUGCAAGGUAAAAAAAAUAUGCACUAAUAUUCAGUUGAAGAAUAAAAUGUAAAUCAUCUAUCAGACCAAAUAUAAUAAUGACAAUUUAUUAAUGGCACUAGACCAGGAGUCUUCAACUAAAAUUGCUUGAGGUCCAGUAAACAAACCCUCCUUGCCAGUCGAGGUACGGACAAUUAAAUACCUAAAAUCAUGAAUUGAUGGUUUUUGGCAGACCAAAGAAAUAAACAUGUCUUUUCAUAUCUAUACAACGGCAUAACAAUGUCUGACAACAAUAUAAUGAAGGAAAAUGUGCAAAAUGCCAUAAUCUCUACUCCUGAAUUGAACAUACAUUCAUUCCAACAUUAUCAACUUUAAAAGAAAACUAAAGUGUUGUUUUCUGCUGAACUGAGAUGAACAAAUAGCAACAUCAAGUUGCGACUGAUCAUCAUCUGAUAACAUUUGAGUUCUUCUUGUGGCUGUUGCAGCUGAAAUGGGGGUUAGUUUAAUAUUUUCUUUUAGUUCAUGUCUUUAUUUUCCUUCUAAAAGUGUUUCACACGCAGGCUCCAUUCACUCUUUUACUAUUUUACCAUCAGUAAAGGGCUUGUUAUGUUUUCCUAAGAUCCACUGUAUUCUUAGCCGAACAUUCGCUCGUUGUUGGGCGGUAAGUGAGUGAGGGAGGACCCAUGUAGAUCGCUACUACUGGGCUUUGAGCUCAUAUAUUUUCCGUGUCCUUACCUCGGACUGCUGCUUGUAAGUUUCUUCAAAGUGUCUCUGUCUAAUUUCAUAAUGCCGUUUAAGGUUUCCACUUUUGACAACCGCGACAGACUCCGAGCAAAUGAGACAAACCGGUCUCGUGCAUCUCGAUGCAGGAAGAAUAAAUGCAAAUCUCUCGACCCAUUCAACUCGGAAAACAUGGUUUUCAGCGUCAACUUUUCUAACUUUUGAAAAGGACAUUGUUUUUCAGUCACUGACAGUUACAUCUGUCUGCGCGCUGUGCAGCGAGUCUGUCCCGGCUCUCGUCGAGACGUCGACGUCUGAACGUGGCAACAGUGCGCAUUGUGGGU